AUGAAGCUCACAAUCGCCCUCUUGACUCUCGCAGUCUCUGCCAUUGCGGCUCCGAUCGCCCAGGGCUCAUACGAUGACUACGGUGACUACAGCAACGUCCCUGUCAAUCCUCCGGCAAACGGCAACUACGGAAGCUAUGGUGACUACGGCAACGUCCCAGCUCCACCAGUGAACAACCCUCCCCCACCAGCUGGAGGCUACGGAACAUAUGGAGAUUAUGGCUCCUACAAGCGUGAUGCCGAGGAGAAGGCAUGA